AUGAAACAAGAAAAACCGAAUACAAAGGAUGAUGGCUAUGCCAAUGAAUAUAUGAGUAUAUAUGGUAGUAAUGAACCUGAAAAAGAUAUUGGUAAUAAUAACACAACACAUGAAACAUUUGAUGCAAUUGAUACUUUAAAUAAUCCAAAUGUAAAUAUACAUGAUUCUAAUGUAACACCUGAUAUUUUAUUAGAACAACUCGCAUAUGUUGAUAAUUUUAUUCCAUCAUUAGAUCAAGAUUUUGUUAAUUUAGAUUCUUGGGUAAUGAAUGAAUCACAAAAUGAUCAAAAUAAUGUAACUUCUAAUUCAAAUAUUGAUGGACAUAAUGGAUCUACUAUGAAUACUGUCUCCGGAAAUACAUUUGGAUUAGAUGAACAAUUAGCUGUUGAGUUAAGCGCAUUUGCUGAUGAAGUAUUUAUCUUCCCAGAUGAGGAUAAGCCGCAUAAUAACAAUAAUGUUAAUGAUAAUAUAGAUGAUGAUGAUGAUGGUGAUGAGACUAAUAAUAAUAACAAUAAGGAUAUGAAUGUAUUUAAUAAUAAAAAUAUAAAGGAUGACCAUAAGAAUAGAAAUCAUAUGUUAUCACAAAGAAGAAAUAAAUUUUUGACCUCACAAUAUGAUCAUUCAAAAUCUAGGUUUUCUUCAAGAAGACCACAUCAUGAAAAUGAUAAUAUUGAUAAUGAAUUAGAUCAUGAUAAUAGCAUACAUCCGAGUUUUGAUAUAUCUAAUAAUAACAUACAUGAAGAUCAUAGUGGAUUUACGAAUUUUGAAGUAGAUGGACCAACAACUAACAGUAACAAUAUUCAUGAUGAUGAAGAAGAAGAAGAAGAAGAGAAUGCUAAUCUUAAUCAAAUUUCAUCUUUACCUCAGCAUUUAAUAGAUAAUACUAAUUUGCCAUAUCAAAGAAACCAUGUCCCAAAUAUUUCUUCACCAUUAUCAAACUUGGUAGCGAAUAAUUUGCCAUCAAAGAAACAGAAAACACAAGCAGUUAGUAAAAAUAAUAAUAAUGCGACGUAUGAUCCACAUGAACCACAAAUACAUAUGCCAGAUUACUCACAAAUUCCUACAUCAACUUUAGUUGCAUUGUUACCAAGGGUAAAAGUUCCAGAAGGUGCGCACACUUCUUUAUUGAAAGCUGGUUUUGCAGAAGAUCAAAUAGUUGCAAUCUCAGCUAUCAUAGCCUACAAUGAACAACAUAAGCAACAAAUAAAAUAUUCUUCAAAAUCAAAUUCUAAUGGUUCUUCUAAUGAUGAAAGAUCGUCAUCUGAUAAAGGCGCUCAUUUUUUAUUGGAUCUAUUAUCUGAUAAGAAACCAACAAAAAGAACAACAUCGCAACAACAAGUGAAUCAUGAAACACCACGUUCUCAGCCAAGCCCUGUCAACAUUAACACUAAUACCAAUGAUAAUAGGCAAAAAUCGAAUGUUUCAGAACCGGCUCCAGUAUUACAUGCUUCACCAGAGGUAUUAAAUAUACGACAAAAUGUUCACCAGCAAAAGAAACAUCAUUAUACAUCAGAUGAUAAUGGCUUUACUUCAUCUAACCACGUGGCACGGGUUAGUAAACCGGUUUCAAGGAAACAAAGUGUAAUUCCUAAGCCUGUAAAUACGCUAGCUUCAUUGAAGGCUAAAACACCGUCUACUUCGCCAGUUAAUUCUACAGUAAUGUUAAGGAAAGAAUCAAGACCUUCAGUAACAAAUUUAUCAUCUACAAUCGACCCUCCUACAAAUGCAAAUGUUCAACCUAAAGCAGAGCCCACAAGUCAUUCUACAUAUGCUCAGAAGAAGAAAUUGAAAGGGAAAGAACUUGAGAAUUCCAUUAAUGAAUUAAAUGAUCUAGCUUUGAAAUUACAACAAAAGAUACAUACUUUAGAAAUGGAAAAUAAGUUAUUGAAGGACUUAGUGGUUAAUAGUGGCGAGCAAGAAGGCAUUGAACAAGCUGAGUCAAUAAAACAAAAUUUAUUGAAGAGAGCUCAUCAAACUGCUGUCGAAGUUCAAGGCGAUAUUAAUGGGAAGCACGAUAAUGAUGAUGAUGAUGAAAGUGAUCAAGACGAUGAAGCUACGAAAAAAAGAAAACUCUCGAAGUAG